AUGUCGUUUGUACCCAUAGUUUGUGGGAAGAAGGACUGGGACAAACAAUACGAUCAGUCCAUUCAAUACGGCUCUCUGUACUGUCCUAACUGCCACAACUUCAGCGUGCAUCCUGUCAAAAGAAGAGAAUUUAUAUCCAUCUGGUUCAUUCCCGUCUUUCCCCUAUUCGUCGGUAAACAACUAGUGUGCCCUAUCUGCAAUUGGCGCCAGGACUUCAAAAACGACGAGCAAUUACAAAAAGUUGUCCGGGAACAGCAAAACGUACGACAGGGGAAAGUUGGCGUUUGA